GACGAAAUCAACUGGGCCCUGCCUUGUGGAAAAAUAGCUUGAAUGGUUGGACCUAAGAGGUUAGGAGGUGGAAAUUGAAUUGUUUACUGAUUAUUCGAGUGGUGCCUCAACCCUAAUACUAUCAAAUUUUAUGCAAGCGUGCGCGCUCUCUCUCUAUAAGGCACAAAAUCAUCCCACAACAUAUACAAGAUCAACUCCCAUUAGUAACACCCAUGGCCAUGGAGUUCCUUUUUCCACACACCAACACUGUCGUAGCCGGAGGAGUCAUUCCCUUGCUACUACUUCUCUACUAUUUCCUACGGAGAUCUAAAACUUCAAAACAUAUUCCACCGCCCGAAGCCCGCGGCGCGUGGCCUAUAAUAGGCCACCUCCACCUCCUAGGAACAACCUCUGAUCGUCUCCCCCACGUUACCUUGGGAGCCAUGGCGGAUGAAUACGGACCGAUCUUCACCAUCCGUGUUGGGUUGAAACGAGCCGUGGUGGUGAGUGACUGGGAGAUAGCCAAGGAAUGUUUUACCACGCACGACACGAUUGUUUCAUCGCGGCCGAAGUUCAUAGCCGCUCAUCACCUCUGCUACAACUACGCCAUGCUCGGGUUCUGUCCGUAUGGUGCUUAUUGGCGUGAGAUACGCAAGAUCAUCUCGCUCGAGUUACUAGGGAGCCGCCGGCUUGAGUUGCUGAAGCACGUACGGGUUUCUGAAACCGAGGCCUCCAUAGAAGAGCUUCACAAGCUUUGCACAGAGGCCAAAACCAACUCAGGGGGUGUCAUGGUGGAGAUGAAGCGGUGGUUUUCUGACCUGACCAUGAACGUGGUCGUCAGAAUGGUUGUAGGAAAGAGGUAUUUCGGUAUUGCUACUGACGGCGAUGAGAAGGAGGGGCGGCGAUGCCAGAAGGCGCUGAGGGACUUCUUUUACUUUCUGGGACUAUUUCUGGCGGCCGACGCCAUUCCCUUUUUGCGGUGGUUAGACUUGGGCGGACACGAGAAGGCCAUGAAAGAAACUUUGAAGGAAGUGGAUAAUUUGUUUUCCCGGUGGUUAGACGAACAUCGACAGAGGAGAGAAUCGGAACAGAGUUGUAAGGGGGAUCAAGACUUUAUGGACGUGAUGCUUUCAACUCUGGAAGGGACUGAUCUUGCUGGUUACGAUGCAGACACCAUCAACAAAUCCACAUGCUUGAAUAUCAUUGGCGGGGGAGCCGACACCACUUCCAUAAUGUUGACAUGGGCACUCUCACUCCUGUUGAACAACCGCCACGUGUUAAAGAAGGCACAAGACGAGCUUGAUCUUCACGUUGGCAAGGAAAGACGAGUGGACGAAUCAGAUGUCAACAAACUUUUCUAUCUCCAAGCCAUAGUCAAAGAAACGCUACGCUUAUACCCAGCGGGUCCACUAUCAGGCCCGAGAGAAUUGACAGAAGAUUGCACAAUAAGGGGCUACCAUAUCCCCAAAGGCACGCGGUUGAUUCCAAACUUGUGGAAAAUCCAGAGGGACCCGAUGAAAUGGGCUGAUCCGCUGGUGUUUCGGCCUGAGAGGUUCCUUGCGGCGCAAAAGGAUGUGGAUGUGAAAGGACAACAUUAUGAGCUGAUCCCGUUUGGCGCAGGUAGAAGAGCUUGCCCGGGGAUCGCGUUUGCUCUCCAGAUGUUGCACUUAGUGCUGGCUAGGUUACUCCACGAGUUUGAGCUUUCGACACCAGACGAUGCGCUAGUUGACAUGACCGAGAGCGCUGGAUUAACAAAUGCUAAAGCCACUCCACUUCAAGUUCUUAUUACUUCUCGUUUAGCUCCGACUCUUCAAUAAUAGUUAGAGUAUGAACAGAAUCACAAGAUUAUGUGAGAAAAGUCGCAAUAUGGUGAUAUGUAUCUCAUGGAUGGUUGCAUAUUUCUGAUAUUCGUUGCACCUUGAAUAGUUUCCCUGUAAAUUGUACUUUUUUCUAGUAAUUAAGGAGUAUAUUUGGUGUUU